UCCUCCACCUUCUCUUCUCUCCUGCAGUCUUCCGUCUGUGCUAAGAUUGUGCAGCUCCUGGGACAGAAUGAGGUGGACUGUCGCCAGAAGCAGGUGGUCAUCCUGAGCCAGGAUAGCUUCUACCGCGUCCUCACUUCAGAGCAGAAGGCCAAAGCCCUGAAGGGCCAGUUCAAUUUCGAUCACCCGGAUGCCUUUGACAAUGAACUCAUCUUCAAGACACUCAAAGAAAUCACUGAAGGGAAGACAGUGCAGAUUCCCGUGUAUGACUUUGUUUCCCAUUCCCGGAAGGAGGAGACGGUCACUGUGUACCCCGCGGAUGUGGUGCUCUUCGAAGGGAUCCUGGCCUUCUACUCCCAGGAGGUGCGAGACCUCUUCCAGAUGAAGCUUUUCGUGGACACAGAUGCGGACACCCGGCUCUCCCGCAGAGUAUUAAGGGACAUCAGCGAAAGAGGGAGGGACCUUGAGCAGAUUUUAUCUCAGUACAUUACGUUCGUCAAGCCUGCCUUUGAGGAGUUCUGCUUGCCAACAAAGAAAUACGCUGAUGUGAUCAUUCCUAGAGGUGCAGAUAAUCUAGUGGCCAUCAACCUCAUUGUGCAGCACAUUCAGGACAUCCUGAACGGAGGGCUCUCCAAACGGCAGACCAAUGGCUAUCUCAACGGCUACAUCCCUUCACGCAAGAGGCAGUCGUCGGAGUCUAGCAGCCGUCCCCAUUGACCCCUGUCUUCUUCAGGCCCGGCCCCUGUCUUCAAGAGACGGGAGGAGGAAGCAGGAGGCACAGUUCGUCCAUAUAUGUGCUUUCCCAGGACAUUGCUGUAUUUAAGAAAACACCAUGGAGAUGACAUGCCUUUGUUUUUCCUUUUUUGUUUGUUUUUUGUGCUUUGGAGCGGCGAAACGAAACUGAAUUUGACCCUGAGCUUAAAUGACAAACUGUGCCAACUACUACUGGUGAUGCCUAAUUAUGAAUCCAACGUGUAACCAGUUAUAAAUACAUAUAUAUAUAUAAAAGGA